UAAGAGAAUGUAUCCACUGUCCCAAUGCAACUGGGCCACGAUCGCGCUUCGGCAUUUGGCAGUACAACUGCGUGCGUGAGGACAGGAAAAAAAAACAGUAAUCACACUUCGCUAACCCAUUUGCCUCCGUAUUUUCGCCUAACGAACGUCCACCGGGCAUGGAUUGCUGGUUAGUUUUUCCAGUAGCUUAACCUGACCUAACCUUUCAUCGUUCUGCUUUGCUUUGGGUUUUCCAUGUUUCCUCCGUGGAGGAACGAACCAAUGAAGAAGAACAGGAUUAAAUGGAACGUGACACGCGUGAGCGGUGAUAGGGUGAGGAACAUGUCAUGCCGGGGGUUUGUCACAGUCGUAUAAUUUGUUGUUUGUUGCAGCUUCAGUUCAGCAACGCUCAGUACACCGGGGAGGGGUGUCGAGAUGGGCGGCGGUAUCGACGAGGAUCGUGUGUAUUCCGUGUACGAUCUGCCUGAACUACGAUGGGUGAUGAUCCUGCAUCAUGACGAUGCUGAUGAUGAAGAUGAGAGAUGAAGCAAACACGCACACAUGGUCGAUGUUCGGGAAAACUUCGUCGGGAAACGAAUGUGAAGCAGUAGAAAGGAAAAAAAAGUAUACUGUGUACGCGCGCGUUCUUGAUGGAUUCACGAUCCCGCGAAGAUCCCGUUGGAAUCACUGACAACCGAACGAUCGACCGGUACGGACGUAUUUUCCCAUUGCUCAGCGUGCGUGCGUACUAUUCGCGGGAUUACUGUGUGUUAGGAUUGAUGCGUGUGUAGUGUAAAAGGAAGAUUUACGUGAGUGAUCGUUUGAGAAUUCUUUAGAACUCUUCUCGUGGAUGAAUGUUGUGCAUUUUGAGUGAUUAAGUUGCUGAUCGUUAUGGCUCUGUUAACACCGACAACUCCCUCAACGGCAUUGGCCGGUACGGUUGAUCUGUGUGCUACAAAUUUAAAAUCGUUCGAUCUGAAACAUGGCUUUUGCCUUACCGAUGACACCACAAUGGACGUAUGCUACAGUGCCAUCAGUUGUGGUAUGAAUGAGGGUAAAACCAAUCCGCACAGUUCGUUCGGUGCUGACUGUGGACGGAAUGUGCUGCACCAAAGUUACACACCUAUUUCAGCUCCACCCGUAUCGGGAUUUACGGGAUUUAGUGCGGAGCAUGAAUUUCCCUCCGAAGCGGUACAGUUUCAUCAACUUCCGCAUACGGACACGUUCAAACAAGUUGGUGGCUUUUAUACGACACCCGCCAAAGGGGACGAUCUGUUCUUCAAGUUCGAUCCGGAGUACAUCGAAAAGCUGCAAUCGUCGUCAAGCAUAUUGCUCUCUCCAGCGGCCACAAUUGCCAGUACACCGCUAACGUGUCAAAGUUUGCUAAGCUGCGCCAGCAGUUGCACCACUGCCACGGAUUAUUAUAACUACAAUGAAACGAACUGCCAGUCGAAAAAUCAAUCUCCAUGUUCCUCUCCAUUUGCUGGUGAUUCGUGGAUUGAUAAUGGAUUUACGCUGAAUCUGAUGAAUCUCAACGGAGGCGGAAGUUGUUCACCGAAACGCUCCAAUGGAGAACUGAUGGCAAUGGGAAGUAGUGAUACGACAACGUCCAUGAGUACGACGAAACAUGAGACCACAGCACUACCUUCCAUUCGGAGUGCCUUCGGAGGAACGAUCAGUGGACAGUUUGAGUGUGUUAAUUCGACGUCCAAAGCCGAUAUGUCAUCGGGUGUAGAGUCAUCGAUGAACUACAUUAUGGAUUUCUUAGACACUUCAUUUUUGGAACAGUACAGCAAUGGUAAUAGACUCGAAAGUGGUUGCGACACUGGAGAAUCGUGUACGGACACAGCAGUCGUAGGUCAGGAUUCGUACAGCUACUCCGCCGACAAUUAUUACAAACCGAUCCAGGGUGUCGAAAAACCGAACCGAGAAUUUAAGGACAUUUGGAGAAACAGUGCAACAACCUCCACAAACCUCAAACAAGCUGUCUUGAAGGCGCCGAAAUCAGAACCACUGGAUGUGGUUGACGAACCGAUCGAAAUGGACGAAUCCUUCCCAUUGGCGUCAUCGCCACGAUCGUGUCUGUGGAGUGGUUGCAAUGUGGAGCUAGCGAACCAACAGCAGCUAGUGGCCCACAUCGAGAAGCAGCACGUGGAACCGAAGCGGGGCGAAGUGUUCGGAUGCCAGUGGUUGGACUGUCCACGGCUGCAUCGUCCGUUCAAUGCCCGCUACAAGCUGCUGAUCCAUAUGCGUGUACACAGCGGUGAAAAGCCCAACAAAUGUCCGUUCCCCAGUUGUAAGAAGGCUUUCUCUCGGUUGGAAAAUCUGAAAAUCCAUCAACGAUCGCACACAGGCGAGCGACCGUACAACUGCCAGUUCCAAGGCUGCACCAAGGCGUUCAGCAACAGUUCGGAUCGUGCCAAGCAUCAGCGCACACAUUACGAUACGAAACCGUACGCCUGUCAACUGCCAGGAUGUAACAAACGCUAUACCGACCCGUCCAGUUUGCGGAAGCACGUCAAGAAUCAUGGAAUUCGCGCACCAGACGUACCGAUGCGGAGAAAAACGGCACAAAACGACAUUCCCGCGACAAGACGAUUCUCCGAACCGGCCCUCUCGACAAUGGAUGUGUUUAAUCUGGAACCGAACGAUUUAGUGCUGGACGAUGUGUUUGCCGAAAAGCCUUCCAAUAUAGCACAGGAACUGAACAGCCCCAUUCCCGAUGGAAGCAAUGGAACUGAGCAUCGUACUACGAUGGAUGACUUUAACGAUAUGUCUAGCUGUUUGAUGAAAAUUCUUCAACAACCGGCUACCACUGCCGAUAGUAAUACGGCCGAAAUCGAAAGCAACCGAUACCUGAUGGAAAAUCUGGGACUUUCGUUCGAAAGUGAUGCAAACUAUUCGACCGAUGAAAGUACCGUGCUGGGAGUUUCUACUGGAGGUUGUCGGCUUAUAAACGAGAUCGACGGUAGUGGUGAAAAGACACUGUCAGCGUUUGGAACCGAGUUUGACUAUUUCGGUGCAGUUGUUUAAGACUGUUUUGGAGACAUUAUAAUUAAUUUUAGAACAUUUUUUAUUUCUUUAAAUAAUCUCUUACUGUUCUGAGACAAAAAAUAGACGUAUUGGUUAGAGAAUAGAUUAGGAGCUGUUAGAAAUCGUUUAUCUUCCAUUAUCUCAUGUAUCUCUGGAAGAUACUUUCAGCAGUUUGUUGCAUUUUGCACCGUACAACAACUUCCAAAGAUACCAUAUUUGUUGCCAUUAGUGUCGGAUUAGAUAGGAUUUAAGCACGUCUCUCUUACAAGAGUUAAGCGUCUUCCAUCUUCCAAAUGAUCUUCCAUCUUUGUUACAUGUUUUGUUGUAGUAAUUAUGCAUGCUAAAGACAUUUCCAAAGAUGUUUUAGUUAAGACAAUUUUUUAUCGUGUUAGGAUUUUUUUAAAGUAAGCUAGAGAUAGCAUUUUUGAUUAUAUUGUAUGUAGGAGUAUAGAGUAGAUUGAUAUUUUGUGUAUUACUGUUCAGACACAUUAUUGAUGUAAAAAUCUUUCUCACAUGUGACGUUCAUUUGAAGCGAAUGUGAUUUUCGGCAAUAAGGAAAACGAAACCAAAAUUGUGUAAAAAGUUGCUGCAAAACAAAUGUGCUAGAUCCUUUUUAGUAUUACAAUGUAGUGAAGCAAAUAUGGUUUUAGAUAGUGCAAUAAGCCAAAAACUCCUUCCUAAAAGAUGUAUACAUUUUGCAAUGCAAAGCAACGAGUUAGUUAUGGUUGGUUUUGUAGUAAUAGUUAAUCUUAGUUCUAUCAACAUCAAAAAGACAUAUGAAGAGAGUGUAGCAAGGUGAUUAAGAUUUAACUAAAUAAAUAACAUCUAAAUGAAUUUCAAUUCUCAUGUUAUGAUUUUUAGUUGAUAUUGUUAUCCUUCUCGUGGUUAUCCUUCUCGCAUAAAGAAGGAAGAAUCUAUACUUCUAGCUUCCUUACGGAUGUAUCAAGUUUCUGCUUUAGCUGAAAGACGACACCAUGUCAACAAACCAAUAAACUGUCGAAUGGAAAGAAUCAUCGAUUCUUUUGUGGUUCGAUGCUUUUGAGUCACAUGUAAGAGAAGAAACUUUUACGUUUCUCACCAGCAGCCGUAUGCCAUCAAACUGGCAUGUCCU